AUGGAGAUAGAAUUGGAGCCAAGAGUGAAGCCACUGAGCUACAAAGUGAAGGGAAUGUCGAGAGAAUCUCCGUCUCAAAAAGCCUCUCACGUCCUUGACACAGACCUCCGCUCCCACUGGUCGACCGGCACCAACACCAAAGAGUGGAUCCUCCUUGAACUCGAUGAACCUUGCUUGCUGUCACACAUACGGAUAUAUAAUAAGUCAGUACUUGAGUGGGAAAUCUCAGUUGGUUUGCGAUAUAAGCCAGAGACAUUUGUAAAAGUUCGCCCACGCUGUGAAGCACCUCGUCGUGAUAUGAUAUACCCUAUGAACUACACUCCAUGCCGCUAUGUGCGAAUAUCUUGUUUACGGGGAAAUCCCAUAGCCAUUUUUUUCGUUCAGCUGAUUGGGGUUUCAGUGACUGGUCUUGAACCGGAGUUUCAACCAGUCGUUAAUCACUUGAUGCCUCGCAUCAUGUCUCACAAGCAAGAUGUUGAUGAUAUGCAUCUUCAGUUGCUUCAAGAUAUGACAAACAGGCUGCUAGUAUUCCUUCCACAAAUUGAGGCGGACCUAACCAGCUUCUCUGAUUCUGCUGAGCAGAACUUGCGUUUUCUUGCUAUGCUUGUGGGUCCAUUGUACCCAAUACUCCACAUUGUGAAUGACAGAGAAACUGCAAGGUCUGCAGGCAGUUUAUCUGACUCUGAAGUCCCUAAGAACAGUCAGCCUUCAUCUUCCUUAACUGUUUCUUCUAAUUUUGAGCCUAGAAGAUCACGAUGCAUGUCUCCAUUUAUCUUAUCAACUUCUAGUUCCAUGGUGUUCCGUCCAGAUGCGAUAUUUGUGUUGCUGAGAAAGGCGUAUAAAGAAUCUGAUUUGGGAGCUGUUUGCAGAAUGGCUUCUAGAAUCCUAUACAAGCUUAUAGAGCCUAUAACAGUGAAAGAAACAUCAACUGCUGCCAAUGAAGUAACAUCUGCUUCAGAUGAGACUUCAAAAUCUGAAUUAUCAAAUCCUGCUCCUCUAGUUGAUUACUCAAGCUUGCUUGGAGAAGAAUUUAUGAUCCCUGAUGAUCAUUGGGACUCUAGCAUUCUAAAUGUCUUGGAUAUAGGGGCAGUGGAAGAAGGCAUUUUACAUGUUCUUUAUGCUUGUGCGUCUCAGCCUUUGCUUUGCCGCAAAUUGGCGGAGAGCACUUCUGAGUUUUGGUCUGCUUUACCACUUGUACAAGCAUUGCUGCCAGCACUGCGUCCUUCUGUGAGCAGCAUUGGCGAACAUUUUGAUGAUACUUUUUCUCAAUGGAAGCAGCCUUUCGUCCAACAAGCUCUAUCUCAAAUUGUGGCUAUGUCUUGUUCGGCAGUGUACCGUCCUCUUCUUCUUGCCUGUGCUGGCUAUUUAUCAUCCUAUUCACCAUCACAUGCUAAAGCUGCAUGUGUUCUCAUUGAUCUUUGUUCAAGCGUGCUAGCACCUUGGAUGGCUCAGGUCAUUGCAAAGGUUGAUCUAACAGUGGAGCUUCUGGAGGACCUUCUUGGCACAAUUCAGGGCGCUCGCCAUUCCCCCGCUCGUGCACGUGCUGCUCUCAAAUAUAUCAUGCUGGCUUUGUCUGGUCACAUGGAUGAUAUAUUAGGGAAGUAUAAGGAAGUUAAGCACAAAAUUCUUUUUCUCCUGGAGAUGCUAGAGCCUUUUCUUGAUCAUGCCAUCUAUGCAUUGCGAAGCACCAUAGCCUUUGGGGACGUUUCUUUCACUUUUAUGGAAAAGCGGGAACAAACUUGUGUAAUUGCUCUCAAUGUCAUCCGUACGGCUGUCCAAAAGCCAGCUGUUCUUUCUUCCUUAGAAUCUGAAUGGAGGCGUGGAUCAGUUGCUCCAAGUGUUCUUCUCUCAAUAUUGGAGCCUCACAUGCAGUUGCCUCCUGAAAUUGACCUCUGCAAGUCUCCUACUUCUAAAAAUUUUGAGCUUGAAGCUUCAACUGCUCCAUGCCAUUCUCCUGUCCUUCGCCAUUCUGGAGCUUCCUCAAAGUCAAAUAACCAAGAUGAUGCAGAUGGGAAGGUGGAAUCUCCUGAUAAUGGUGCAAAGAUGGAUAUAUUUGAAGAUGUUAGUCUUCUUUUUGCACCUACGGAGCUACGAAAUAUAGUACUGGCAAAUGUUUCCAGUAGUCCCAGUGAACAUAUCUUGGAUUCUAACCAUGCCAACUCUGAAUUAAAACAUGCAAUUGAGAAAAAAAUUGCUCAUCUGUUUCCAAAUGGCUUAGUAUUAGAUGCUGGCUUCACUGCUGAAUACUUCAACUUGCAAGCAGACUAUUUUCAACUCAUAAACUAUCGUGACUGUGAACUUAGGGCUUCUGAAUUUCGACGCCUGGCUUUAGACUUGCACUCACAGAAUGAGAUAGCUGUUGAAGGCCAUGAUGCUUCUAUAGAUGCUUUGCUCUUGGCAGCAGAGUGCUAUGUGAAUCCAUUUUUCAUGGUGUCUUUCAGAUCCAAUCCUAAAUUAGAAAGCCCAAUGGAUAAGAUUAGUGAGAUUAGCAAUACAAAACUUUGUGAAGCUGCAAAAUUGGGGAGUGCUUCUAGAAAGAAUAGUGUUGACUUGGAAACAAUAGCUCUUCUUGAAAAGGAAAGGGACAAAAUUGUUCUUCAGCUAUUGCUUGAGGCUGCUGAGUUAGACAGGAAGUUUCUGAAAAGCACAUCAGAUGAGGAAUAUGUUCCGUACAUCCCUGAAGAAAUUGAUGGGCAAGUCAUAAAGUUGUCUUCCCUUGAUGUAAAAUCUGCAGAUGCUAUCACUUUGGCUCGGCAAAAUCAAGCUCUGCUAUGCAGUUUUCUGAUUCGACGAUUGAAAAAAGAGCAACAUUCAAUGCAUGAAAUUCUUAUGCACUGUCUUGUCUUUUUGUUGCACUCGGCCACACAGCUGUAUUGUGCUUCUGAAGAAGUGAUUGAUAUCAUAUUAGGAUCUGCUGAGUACCUCAAUGCAAUGCUAACAUCAUUUUAUUAUCAGUUCAAAGAAGGCAACCUGCAGUUGGAUCCAGAAAAGAUACAUGGGGUGCAACGGCGCUGGGCACUGCUUCAAAAAUUGGUAAUUGCUUCAAGUGGUGGUGAAGGCUCAGACUUCGCUUUAAAUGUCAACAAUCGAUUUCGAAGUGGUAGCUUGAUUCCACCAUCAGCAUGGCUGGAAAGAAUAUCUACGUUUUCUCACAGUUCUUAUCCUCUUGUUAGGUUUCUUGGCUGGAUGGCAGUGUCUCGUAAUGCAAAACAGUAUAUAAAGGAGCGGCUUUUCCUUGCUUCAGAUCUGUCACAACUGACCUGUAUACUGUCCAUUUUUGCUGAUGAGCUUGCAGCAGUAGAUAAUGUCAUCAAUCAAAAACAGGAAGAUGGGAAGAUUGAACAGAUGGGUGUCAAACAAAAUUCUCCAAUCCAUAGAGUGUUUGAAGUUUCUGACCAACAAUAUGGAGACCAAUCUUUUCAUGCUAUCUACCCUGAUCUCAGUAAGUUCUUUCCAAAUUUGAAAAAGCUAUUUGAAUCUUUUGGGGAGCACAUUUUGGAGGCUGUUGGAUUGCAGCUGCGAUGUUUAUCUUCCAGUGUUCUGCCUGAUAUCUUGUGUUGGUUUUCUGAUUUGUGCUCAUGGCAAUUUCUUGUAAACAACCAAAUUACUGCUCAAAAUGGUUGUGAUUAUUUGAAAGGUUAUGUUGCAAAGAAUGCCAAAGCUAUCAUUCUUUACAUACUUGAAGCCAUUGUUGUUGAGCACAUGGAUGCAAUGGUGCCGGAAAUGCCUAAAGUGGUGCAAGUAUUGGUGUCUCUUUGUAAAGCCUCAUACUGUGAUGUGCCAUUUCUGAGCUCUAUAAUGUGCCUCUUAAAGCCACUCAUAUCAUAUUCAUUAUGCAAGGUGUCUGAUGAGGAAAAAACACUGAUUGAUGAUUCGUGUCUUAAUUUUGAGUCACUAUGCUUUGAGGAUCUUUUAGUUGAUAUUGGACAGAAAAAUGAGAAUGGAAAUAUACCUGCAGAAAAAGGCUACAAUAGAGCAUUGACAAUUUUUGUUCUGGCUUCUGUCUUUGCUAAUUUAUCCUUUCAACAUAAAAGAGAAAUAUUAGAUUCCUUAACUUUGUGGGUUGAUUUUACUGCCUUUGAGCCAACCAAUUCUUUUCAUGACUACCUCUGCGCUUUUCAGACUGCUCUGGAUAGUUGCAAAGUUUUGUUAGUUCAGACUUUAAGAGUCUUUGGUGUUGUCCCACUUCAGUUGGCCCAGUUUUCUGGUAUCAACACAGGGUCACUUCCUGAUAAUGGCUCAGAGGUGUAUUCAUGGUUUCUCAGUGAAGUCUGCAAUAAUUCUUGUCCACCCAAGAAUUGUGAGAAGUUGGAAAGUAAUGACUUUGAUGGUGUAUCCUCAAAACAAAAUGGUUAUUAUUUAUCGACAGAAGAAAUAGAAGAUUUCUCUAAAGGCUUGGAGAAUAUUCUCACCAAGCUUAAUCCAACUAUUGAGCUAUGUUGGAAUCUUCAUCAUCGUUUGGCAAAGAAAUUGACUAUUACAUCGGCACAGUGUUUUAUAUACUCAAGAUGCUUAUCUUCAAUUGCGCCCCAAAUUCAAAAUGCUGAAGAGGAUACCAGUGAAAAUUCUUUCCCUUUUAAAUCAGUUGAGGACUUUCCAGUUCAUUGGAGGACCAGUCUAGAGGGUCUUGCUGAAAUCAUUGUGAAGCUCCAAGAAAACCAUUGCUGGGAAGUGGCAUCUCAAAUGCUUGAUUGUCUACUUGGAGUACCCUGUUGUUUUCGGCUGGACCAUGUAACUGAUACAAUUUGUUCCGUGAUAAAAAAUUUUUCAUGCAGUGCACCAAAAAUUGCUUGGCGCUUGCAAUCUGAUAAGUGGUUAUCAAUGUUAUUUGUGAGAGGUGUCCAUGGCCUUCAUGAGAGUGAUGGGCCUCUUACUGAUCUAUUUGUUACACUGCUGGGUCAUUCAGAACCUGAACAACGAUUUAUAGCUAUUAAGCACUUGGGUAGAUUGGUUGGCCAAGAUCUAAAUGGAGAAGCAAUUCUACAGUAUUCUACAUUUUGCAGUAACUUACUUUCACCAGGCUUAAGUCAUUCAGUUUCUGAGCCGUUUCUGUCGUUUCUGGUUUCAAGUACAUGGGAUCGGGUGGUUUUGCUGGCAUCAUCUGAUACAUUAUUACCUCUGAGAAUUCAUGCUAUGGCAGUUCUCAUAUGUUAUAUACCAUAUGCUGCUCAGCACCAGUUACAAUCAUUUCUUUCUGCAACUGAUAGUGUUCUUCAUAUUUUGGGAAAAAGUGCACAUCCAACAUGUGAGGGCCCACUACUACGGCUCUCAUUAGCACUUGUUGCUGGUGCCUGCCUGUACUCACAUGCUGAAGACAUUUCUUUGAUACCUCAAGAAGUUUGGAGAAAUAUUGAGGCCAUAGGAUUGUCUAAAACUGGAGGCCAUGUCGGUGAUUUGGAGAAAAAUGCUUGUGAAGUCUUGUGUAGAUUGAGAAAUGAAGGGGAUGAAGUGAAACAGGCUUUGAUAGAAGUUCUCUCUUCAAAUUCUUCAAAACAAGUUGACUCAGAAUUUGGGAGCACCCGUGAAGAAAUUCUUCAGGUCCUUGCCAAUUUAACUUCAGUUGAUUCAUACUUUGAGGUGUUCUCAAAAAAAAUUGAUGAAGAGGCAAUGGAACUUGAGGAGGCUGAAAUAGAAUUGGACAUUCUUCAAAAAGAAAAUCCAGUAAAAGAGUCAUCAAAAGACACCAAGGAAGAGAGGCAAAUUCCUUGGGUCACUGCUUCUGGGAAGCAUGAGAGCCGUCUUCAGGAGAUCAAGGAUUGCAUUCGUUCCUUAGAGAAGUCCAAACUUCAAGAUGAUGUUGUAGCCCGCAGGCAAAAGAAGCUACUCAUGAGACGUGCACGCCAGAAAUAUCUAGAAGAGGCUGCUUUUCGAGAAGAGGAACUCCUGCGAGAACUAGAUAGGGAAAGGACAGCUGAAGCAGAAAAAGAGAUUGAGAGACAGCGGUUGCUGGAGCUUGAGCGUGCAAAAACUAGGGAGCUUCGUCACAAUCUUGAUAUGGAGAAGGAGAGGCAAACACAGAGAGAACUUCAGCGUGAACUGGAGCAAGCUGAAUCUGGACUACGAUCAUCACGGCGUGACUUUUCUUCAGCCACUCAUAGCAGGCCUCGGGAAAGGUAUCGAGAGAGGGAAAAUGGAAGAUCCAGUAACGAAGGGAGUACAAGAACUAGUAGUGGCAGCUUGCAGGCUGAAAUUUCUACUACUAGUUCAUCUAUGAGUAUGCCAGCUGUUGUGUUGUCUGGGUCCCGAUCAUUUUCAGGCCAGCCACCAACCAUUCUUCAAUCCCGUGAUCGGACUGAUGAAUGUGGCAGCAGUUAUGAAGAAAAUUUUGAUGGAAGUAAGGACUCGGGCGAUACUGGUAGUGUGGGGGAUCCAGAUCUGAUUUCAGCAUUUGAUGGACAAUCUGGUGGAUUUGGGUCUGCUCAAAGGCAUGGGUCUAGAGGUAGCAAGUCAAGGCAAGUAAUGGAGCGGAGAGAAAGGGAUGGAAGACGGGAGGGAAAAUGGGAAAGAAAACAUUCAUGACCAUUUCCCUUUGAUGAGUUACAGGAUUAGGGAAAAUUGUAUUUAUGUGAAAAGUUCACUGUCAAAAGUUGGCGUUGAUCAUGCUUGACAGAAAAAGGUGUGAAUUUUAGUUGAAGGAUGAGAUGGUGAUUGAUGUUGUAGCAAUGAAGGAGAAAAAUCGAUGUGGGGAUACUUUUGUCGCUGUUUGUACCAUGAUAUUCUUAUUAUGUGAAACUUGUGUUGUUGCAA